AUGAGUGUACUAAGAUCUACAUGCUUUCUCUCCCCUGCGAAAUUGUUGUUAAUAUCAUUUAACAAACAGCGAUUAUUUUCAACUUCGAGGUUAAUUUUGAACAACGAAAGUGAAACUACGAAGAAGAAAGAUAAAAACAAGCAGCAAGAUUUUAAUCCUCGGCAUCUGGGCGUCGCUGCUGACAUAUUUAUUCCCACAGCUUACAAGAACCUUCCAAACGUAUUUGCCCAUCCUCUCAUUGUUGCAAAUGCAUUAAUCAGAAGACUUUACACAUUCGGUUUGAACUCUGUUCAAGUCGCAUUGUUUCGGUUCCAGUCAGGCAUUAAACCAUCUUUUUUACUCUGGAAAAACAAAGCCAUAGAGACGUAUAUUAACGUAAACACGUCGUUUGCCCAUAAAAAUCUGUCGGACAUCAAAGGACUAGUUUCAUUAUGGGUUCAAGAAGCUCUCGAGGCUAGGUCCCGUCAACUACCAGGUAAUGCUACUCUGGAUUGGCAAUUGAUAAAAUUUAAUGCAGUUCCCAAAUUAGUUUCAGUACAACCCAUCAUGAUUCCCGGAAUGCCGUUGGAACACUUACAGUUGGUUUACAAAUUUGAUACAAAACAAAGACUAAUUAAAGUCAAUCAACAAACCAAGAAGAGUGAGAUAUUAGAUCGUGACGUUGUAGACUACAUUGCCUUUUUGUGCGAUGCGACAACUAAUGAUGUGAUCCUAAUGGGAUCUUUGUUUGAAAGUAAACCAAAUGAUAAAUUACCGAAAAGCUACGAAGAUGAUGCUAAAGUUGCCAUACACAGAAUGAAAGUUAAUGGAGAUAUAUAUCGUUUACCUCCAAGCUAA